AGUUUAAAGAAACCCGUUAUCCCCAGAGAGUUUGGGGGCAAAGUCCCCACCGUCAUCCGCCAGCGGUACCUCAACCUCUUCCUGGACGAGUGCCUCAAGUUCUGUGCCUCCAACCAGGAGGCCACCGAGAAGGCUCUGAGCGAGGAGAAGGUGGCCUACGACCGCAGCCCCAGCAAGAACAUCUACCUGAACGUGGCUGUGAACACCCUCAAGAAGCUGCGCGGCCUGGCGCCCAGCACCGUCCCCGGGCUCGGCAAAUCCAGUGGCCAGAGGGUGGUGUCCCACGAGGUGGUGCUGGGCGGCAGGUUGGCCGCCAAGACCAGCUUCUCCCUCAGCCGCCCCAGCAGCACCCGAGUGGAGGAUCUGAAAGGGGCCGCCCUCUACAGCCGCCUCCGGGAGUACCUGCUCACCCAGGAGCAGCUGAGGGAGAACGGCUACCCCUUCGCACACCCCGAGCGGCCCGGCGGCGCCGUCCUCUUCACGGCGGAGGAGAAGCGGCCCAAGGACCCUUCCUGCCGCGUCUGCUGCCGCUGCGGCUCCGAGUACCUGGUCUCCGCCUCCGGCCGCUGUGUCCGCGCUGAGGAAUGCUACUAC